GCUAGCUAGUCCAGUGUCAGGAUCCAGUACAGGCAAAUUCCUCACGGACUCUCAUGGUGUUACACGUCUUUGUGCUGUCUUUCACUCAUGCGGCGUCUACUACCAGUGUGAGAAAUGCAGGACAGGUACAACGAGAUAGGCUUUGUCCAGCAAAUACUCGGUUUGAAUUUAGUGCCGAGGAAAAACAGCACAGACCGAGGAAACGACACAUCUCUCAGCGACUUCUCAGAGAUGUGGUAUGGAGUGUUUCUGUGGGCGGCGGUCUCUUCUUUGGUCUUCCACCUGCCUGCGGCUCUUCUCUCCCUGGCCACGCUGCGUAAGCACAAGGUGGCUCGAUUCAUGCCCAUCGCCAUCGUCCUCAUGGGCAUCGUGGGACCAGUUUGUGGGGGUGUCCUCACCAGUGCAGCCAUAGCAGGUGUGUACAAGGCAGCAGGGAAGAGGAUGAUCUCUUUGGAGGCUCUUGUCUUUGGGGUGGGACAGUCGUUUUGCGUCCUCAUCAUCUCCUUCCUCAGGAUCCUUGCCACCCUUUAGCGGUGCCGACGCCCGUCUGGCUGGACCUGGUGCUGCUCGGUCAGGCCUGACACAGGACACAAGUUUAGAUCCCGGUAAAUCCUGGGCCACGUGUCAACCAGCCAGGCCUGGGUCAUGAUGUCAUUUCGUACUGAUGGGACCAGGAUCUGAGUGGAUUUUAUCCAGCUAUGAAAGAAAAAGCAGUGUGUGUGUGAGACUGAGGGUGUGUGUGUGUGUGUGUUAUACAGCGCUAAGCCUUCUAGCUAGCUGUUGAGCUGUCUGAACGAUGUGCACUGUAGGACAGCACAAUACUGCAUUCACAUCACGGGCCAAACACACACUAUGUAACAGUAUCAGCUGUUUAUUUAAAAAUCUUUAAAUAAUCAUUAGGUUAUUGAUCGGUAUGUUCGCAGUGAUUCCUGUAAGAUGUGAAGGCAGCGAUAUGCUGUUCUCCUCUGUUGCUGGGGGUUACAGGUUAGCAUCAGGGUGACACUAACCUCUCUCAGGGGCUGUGUGUGUGUGUGUGUGUGUGUGUGUGUGUGUGUGUGUGUGUGUCUUUCACUAUCAGUCUGACUCCAUGGAAUGAGUGCAGAGAGACAGAAUCACAGGAAGGAUGAGGGAAGACGAUGGUUAUAUGCAAGAUUCUGGCUUUUUCCCUUGAGGCCUUAAUUUCUAUUUUCUAACUUCCAAAGUGGUGUUUCUCUUCAGGGCUCUCUUUCUUUAAAGCUCUCUCUCUCUCUCCCUCUCUCUCUCUCUCUCUCUCCCUCUCUCUCCCUCUCUCUCCCUCUCUCUCCCUCUCUCUCUCUCUCUGGAUGCCCUUUUUGUUCUUCCUCAUACAUUUUCUGUUCAAAUCAAUUCUAGUCUGACUGACUGCGUGUUACUGUUCAUUGGCAGUUUCCUUCCAGCUUUUCUCAGUUAACCUUCAGACACACGUGGAAGUGAAGAGGGUUUUAUGGAUCUCAGUUGUAAUCGGAGUCCUGACCUCAGCCCUGCAGAUGCAGCCUGGUGAAUGUCUUGAGUUUCUCUGCUCACCUUUGUGGUUUGUUUGUUGUUUUGUUUGUGCAGAGUUUUGAGCACAGGGCACUGGGACGGUCAGAUUUCUUACCCCCCCCCCCCCCGAACGAGAGGAGCCUCUGCUCUUUUCUUUUCUCUUUGAGUGACAGCAUAUCUUACAGCCGUGUUAUUUUGUGACCGUGAGCUGAUUUGUAUAUAUUUUUAAAUGGUUUCCAGGUCUUUGUAGCUUUCCGAUCUUUGUGACCAAAUAUGAGUUGCUCUUUUUAUUUUCCUGCACUAAACGUGAACACAGUGUUCUAACAAAGCUUCAACACGAGUGUGAUCCCUUGUUCUUUUUCUAUGGGCUCGUUCAGCUCCCUCAGUCUUCAGUGACUGCUCUUCGUUGCUUUUGUUAGCUGACGGGUGCUUUUCAAUUAGUAUCAUAUACAGACAUAGGUAAACUUUGUGUGAUACUGUUGUUGAGCUUGCAGGUGAUGCGGUUUGCUGUUUUGUGUAUUAGCAUCGACUCAGUAAUGGUUGAACCAGCUGCUGACAUCACUACAGAUGUGUUUAUGGCCGGCUCGGUCAGGAGCCACUUUUCACAGUGAUUUUACUUUGAUAGUAAAUUUUUAGUGUCUCUGUGUUGAUGAAAUUAUCGCUCAGCAAAUAUGCAGUUAAUCCAAUAAACUCACAGCAGUUGCCGUGCAGUGAACCUGGAGCUUUUGGGGGGGGGGGGGGGGGGGGCGGCCCUGGGGGACAGUUGCCAGCGUCACCCAGUCUAGGAUCUACCUUUGACUAUGACGGGGACAUAAAAUGUCCAGAAUCUGUGGAGCAGAGACCCAAAACUUUUUGAGCUUUAUUGUAAAUCUGGUGCAGAUUGUUUGGAGCACAACAUUCCAGUUGGACAUGUCUUUUGUUUUCCCUGAUGAUGCAGUUAACAAGUCCAUGUCCCAUAGUAGAGCUCAGACAUGGUGAGGACACUUCCACUACAUAGUGCAGCAUCACCCCCUGGACUGCACAAGUUACAUACUAGCAUCUGUCACUUACCUGGAAGCUAGUGGGUCAGUUUUUAUGUUGAUUGUCAGUAGAUAGACUGACUGUGAACCAGGGCUGGAGCCCUUUUAACCCCCCCCCACAAAGGUUCUUUAACCCCCCCACCCCCAAACCAAAGAUGGCUUGAAUUCUCCAUGUGCUCCCUGUACCUCACUAGCAACACUCCAGUCCACAUGUUCUGUUUCAUACUGCAUAUAAAUAUGCAACAAAUUAAACAGAAGCUAGAAUGUAGAUUUUUUUUUUCUGUUUUUCUUUUUUUUCUGGGUAAAACAUGUAAAACCAGGACAGGCCGUGAUUAGAAAACGAGCCGACUUUGACUGACAACACACUGGGAUUGUGAAGACCAGACUGCAGAGGUUCAUGAACCCUUUGGGGGGACCAACAAUGGGACUGAAAUUGCUUCUGGACACAGUCCACACUGACAGUUAUCUGGAGACUUGAGAGACUAUUUUGCUUUUGUCUUCGAGCUGAGAAAAGUCGCUGCCACUCCAAACCAAACCAGUCAUUUGCUCCAGCGUUUCAGUGAAACAGAUUUCCUCUCCAGCUGUGGGAAGCUCAGUGUGUUGGUCGUGUGGCUGACGCAGAAACAAAUGAGCCUUGUUUGACAUGACGUCUUGUUAACCCCUGGCCUUGCUGUUAUGCUGUACAUUUUGGAGAAUGUUUAUUUUUUUAUGGUUGUGUAAUUUUGCUCUUGGAGCAUGUGUGUGCUCUGUGGUUCUGUUACAGCAGCUCACAUCAGGGGGGUUGUUUGACCCUGUGUCUCGCACGUUGUCCUCUUGUGUAGAGACAAAAAAGUUCAUAGGUCAAAUCAAAUGCUUUGCUGCACUGAAUUUCCACACACACUCUCACUGCAGCGUCUCAGGGCAUUACUAAGUUCAGCCUUGCCUUCACAUCACACUCCCCUGAUGGGGGGGGGGGGGGGGGGGGGGGGUUGAAGUUCAUGUUCUCUGAGCUACUUAAAGCAGGAGGAUAAAAACAGGCAUGAAAAUGUGGAUUAACAGAAAUGUUAAGCCAGAACACUAAAAGAAGAUUAAGUAACACUAAUAAAAGUAGCUGCACAAAACUCCAGCUCUGAGCUAAUGCAGACGCCUACAGGCCUGUUUCCACUGGAAAAGAUAAGUUAGAAAUGCUUAAAAAAAAAAGUACCACGAGAACUUUUUUUAUUUUCGUCAUUCCUUCAGUUUCAGCGUUUGCUGAUUUAUUUAGUGUUU